UCCUGUUUUUUUUCCAGGUAAUGAAAGCAGGCGCGCUCCCGACAGUGACAGCUAGAGCAGGAGAGCUCGAGAGGGACGUGCAAGCUCGUGCGCGCGCGAGAGAAACUGAGGGUUUGGGUCACAUAACUGGCUGCUGAAAGCUAUCAAAACUCGCCAAGUGUUUGCCCUCGACUAUCCUUGAAGCCUUUUGAAGGUUUGUUUGCCUGGAAUACAAAGGGAACAUUGUUUUAUUUUCUUUUUUGAGGGUUUGAAACCUCACCUCAGCUCUGUGGCACGUUGGCGUCGUGAUGUCUAACUUAUUUUCAUGCACUUGCUAGAACAGGUAAAUUGUGCUCAUAUACCAAAGAGUGACAGAGCAACGACACCGUGUCUACGUCUGGCUGUACAAGGUGCUGGGAAACCAUGGAUCACCUCACUUUCAAAUCCCAAUGUUUUCAUCAUCUGCUCUUCAUCAUUCUGUGUGUCUUUCCUGGAUCACUGGGCCAGACUUCAAUCCCCAGGGGCUGUGGAGAUAAUGUGGACUCCUUGUAUUUUAAACUCUGUGACCUGACAACAGUCUGGGGUGUUAUAGUGGAGUCAUUUGCAGCUGCUGGUUUGGUGGCCACCAUGAUUCUUCUGAUCGUGCUGCUAGCCAGCCUACCCUUCGUCACUGACAAGAAGUGGCGCAGUUCAUUAGGGCUUCACACAGGGUUCCUCAUCUUCACGUUUGGACUGUUCGCCCUCACGUUCGCCUUCAUCAUCGGGAACAACUUCGCCUCAUGCACGUCACGCCGCUUUCUGUUUGGUGUGCUGUUCGCUGGCUGCUUCUCUUGCCUUCUCAUGCAAGCUGUGAGGUUGAACAUACUGGCCAGGAGGAAUUCGGCGCCCAGAGGUUGGGUUUGGUGCUUGGGGGCUCUGGGGCUCUGGCUGGUUGAAGUUGUCAUCAACACAGAAUGGCUAAUCAUAACAAUUGUGCGAAUCCCAACUAAUGUCACUGGAAUUCUGGCUUCUGCUACUCCUGUUCCCUGUAUUAUUGAAAAACAGGAUUUUGUCAUGGCGCUCAUUUAUGUUCUAAAUCUACUAUUGGCGGUUGUGGUGGCAUCCUUACCCAUAUUGGCAGGUAAGCACAAGCAUUGGCGCAAAGAUGGAGCCCUCAUCCUGGUCACGGGACUGUUUUCGGUGGGCAUCUGGGUGGCGUGGAUUGUCAUGUAUGUGUAUGGGAACGCAAAGAACGGUGGGUCGACUUGGGACGAUCCCACAUUGGCAAUAGCAUUGGUUUCAAACGCAUGGGUGUUUCUGCUACUCCACACGGUGCCAGCGGUGUGUAGCCUGAGUGAGGAAGAUGAAGAUGCAGCUGUUGGGGAAAAUCUGUUCCCCAGCGGAGGGUACGAGGACAUUUUGAAGGAGCAAAGUACACAUAUGGAAAAUAAGGCCUUCUCUAUGGACGAGCGCAAUGCAGGUAAUACGCCUGUGUCCCCAUACAGCGACUAUAACGGCCAACACCGAAGUUGCGUUUACCAACCGACAGAACUGGCCAUCAUCACCAAAGGAAUAAACAAACAAAAGAUGGAUUCAUAUGACAAUAUAAUUCCACGAGCAUCCACACGAGCCCAGAACGGCCAGACCAGCCCCUCCGCACAACCUGAUGACAUGAGACAAAUAUAUACAAAUGGAAAUUACAUCAGAAGACCCCAGUGAUCAGCUCACCUAAACUAGUUUUUAUUUAUGUUUAUUUUUUUCUGGUGUUUCUAAAUUAAGAUUUGUGAUUCUGUUUUUCUUUUCAUCGCUGUGCUCGACCGCAUAGACAGACUUCUGUGAACUCAGACUGAAUUACCAACUAAUAGUUGGUUUGCUCCACUGAAAGCCAAUGUAUUGGGUUAUCUCAACUUUAAUGAACAGCAGAAGAUGUUGUACAGUAUGGCUUGGUUGUGCAUUGGGCACAUUAAAAAGAUCAGUUGUAAAAAUUAUUGUAUAGACUACUGCAAUGCUACCAAUUGUGUUUACUAAGAAACACAGAUAAAUGAUGGUUUUCUGUCACUUUUCCUAUAUAAUGAGUUUUGAAAAGCUGCUUCUGUAUACUUAGGUGUAGCAACACCAUACAUAUGCAUAAGCUUGAAAUUACAUGUAUAAAAUGCGCAAUCACAAUCAUUUUGGUGCAGCAGCAAGACUGAUUAUUUCAUUAUUUUCCCAAGUGUGUAUUUAUUGUGACUGUAAAUUAGAAUUAAACUCAAGCUGAACAGAAUACCUUUUCAAACCA